AUGGUUUCUCAGGCGCACCUGGCGAUGAAGCCCCAGAGGGGGCCCCCGGGGGAUGCGGGACCCCCAGGAUUCAGGGGGCCUGUUGGCCCAAAAGGAGUCCAAGUAACCCUGGAGCACCUGGAGAGAAGGGCGAUGCCAGAGAACAAGAUAGCUCCAUCUGGUGAGAAAGGUGAUCAAGGAGAACCAGGAUUUUCAGGCGCACCAGGGCCCAAAGGGUUGCCUGGCCCUCCAGGAUCCAUUGGGCCACCUGGUCCUCCAGGUGUCUUCGGACCACCAGGACCUGGUGGGAGGCCGGGGGCCGAGGGCCCCCAAGGAAAUCUGGGAGUGCCCGGUCCCAAGGGAGAGCAGGGUCCCCAGGGACUCAAAGUUUUGUUUGAGUAGA